AUGUCUCCCGAGGCCUCCAGCAACAGCAACAUCCGAGUCUUUAUCCGCUGGCACGACCAGACUGUCUUCGCUGGCGAGGAGAUCAAAUGCACCAUUACUUUUAAGAAUAUCGCUCGCGACUCCAGUCAACAACGCCAGUCCCAACUGCUCACUCCCACCGACCGCCCAAGGCACGCCUCGCCCUUACUGAGGGCCAAGUCAAACGCUGGGUUAACCCCGCCGAACUCUGCUCAGACACGCGGUCAUCGAUCAGCCCUCUCUCUCAACGUACCGGCUGCUCAAGCACGAAAGCGAUCAGGCUCUGUUCCAUGGCCGUCGCCCCUCACUCCUAAUGCUGCCGAACAUCGCGGCAACGGCCAUCAAAAAUCCGUCUCGAUAGUGUCGAUCGGCUCUACGAGCACCAUCGCCGACGAAACUCAAAGCAAUGCUAGCUCAACCAAGUCGCAACGGCCCGGCCGCGGCCAUGCGCGCGCCUCGAGUCUCCAGAUUGUCCCUCGCGGAGCUGCUCUGGGACUGGCAGGACCUCACUCUGCGAACCACGAUGGCCUCUUGAGCCCAAAUACCGAUGCUUCCUCUGGCACAGCCGUGCGACCCAAAGAGGGCAUUCCUACAAUUAUCAACGAACACACAGCCCCAGCCAUGCGAAUACUGUCCACGACAAGCAUGGGCGGAGGCACGCCACGGAGCAGCGGAGAGUUCUACUCCAUGAGCAAUAAUUCAACAGAAACUCUGGCUUCGGAGUACCCAUCACAGCCCACAAGAGGACCUAUGCGACCACCACACUUUAGGCGGCCAUCAAACCUGGCGCACAACCCGAAGUUGCCGGAAUCGUUAAUGAUGGGUUACGCGCAAAUCCAAGGCUCAUUCACGCUUGACGGGUCGCUUAUCAAUAUUGGCCCUUUUGAACAAGUCAAGCGGAAAGCCGUUGUCGGCGGUCAAGGUGGUGGUGUCAUCGGAGUGGAACCUUCGAAACGGGAUAGUGGGCUGCUUCGAAGUUUCGGCUGGGGGAGUAUCAGCAACUCAAUUGGCGAGCUGCUCGGAGGUGGUGAGUUGAGCAGCAUCAAGGACAUGCGCGGCAUCGCCAGUUCCAAGUCUGUUCCUUUGCUCUCAACACCUCAGUCCAUCCUGUUCGUGGACCUCAACUUGGCCCCAGGCGAGCACAAGGCCUUUGAGUACUCCUUCCAGCUUCCUAAAGGGUUGCCACCGACACAUAAGGGCAAAGCGGUGAAAAUCUCCUAUAGUCUGGUUAUCGGCACGCAGCGGGCCGGCGGCUCGAAAGAGCAACAAGUGCGAUCUGUGGAAAUCCCUUUUAGGGUGCUCGGCAGCGUGAACAGUUAUGGCGAGAUUCUGGGUCAUGACCUCAUGAACCCGUAUAUUAUACUUCGUGACCAGGCGAAGAUCAAGACAGUGGACAAGCUGACGACACUCGGCGAACUAAAGAAGCUCAAGGCGACGAAGCCGGACACUUCGACCAUCAACGACUUCCUUUCUUACGUAGACGAACUCAUUUCAAGACCACGCGAUGGUUUUAGCACGGGCUUACUUUCCCCCACGGCGUAUACUGGCUCGCGGCGGUCAUCGGCGUUCGAGGACGCGACGACCGCGACAGAAGCCAUCAACAUGGCCAUCAUGCGCAGCAACAUUACUUCGGAGGGCCAGCAGAGCCCAAAUCGCUUCGAGAUUGCCCGCAACGGGCAGCGUGUAGGCGUCGUGAUGCUUACGCGACCGUCUUACCGCCUGGGCGAAGUCGUCACCAUGGCCAUCGACUUCACGGACGCCGAUAUUCCCUGCUAUGCUGUUCACUCAUGUCUAGAGUCCGCCGAGCGAAUCGAGCCUCACCUCGCCGUCCGCUCAGAAGCGUCUAUUCAUCGAGUAACGCGAAGGAUCCACGUCGCGGCAUCGGAAGCAACCCUCUACAACCGGCGGAUGGUUUUCACCCCAACAAUCCCCAUUAACGCGACCCCCGAAUUUGUCACCACCGGCGUGUCCCUGGAGUGGAAGAUCCGCGUAGAGUUCGUCGUCCCGAGUCAGGAAACGGAACUCGAGCGGGAGUCACCAAGUACCCACCCCUUGCUAGAGGAGAUCUCCCGCGAUGAGAAGGGCGGGUUGGUGCUCGUGGCCGUAGAGAACCUAGCAUGCGAGAGCUUUGAGGUGGCCGUACCGUUGCGGGUGUAUGGUGCCGUCGCAACGGGCCUGGAGAGGCUAGAGAGGGAUGAGGCAUUUGAAGAGGGUCUCGUCGUCUAA